UAUUCUAAACAAUAAAAAACGCAACAAUUUGUAGGUUAGAUUGUAAACAGCAAAGAACAAGUGAUUAAUUUUGUUAAUAACUUAUUUUCUAUAAUUUUAAGAAAUGUUGCGAAGUCGUGCACCGAGUCAAAUCUCCAAAAGAAAACAACUUGCCAAUUCUCCACAGGCUCAAUUUAAAUCUCCAUUAAUUAUAAACACAAAACGCAAAAGAACAAAUACUUCUGGAGAUGACACUGUUAAAACAACAAUUAUCCUGGAUCUGGAGAAGCCUUUCUCUAUUAACUAUGAAGAAGUGUUGAAGAAACUAUCUGAACCUUACAAAUGCCCAUUGUUAAACUACACACCAACAAAUUCACGCAAAACUCUGGGCAUGCAAAGACCCCGACCCCGUCGACCAUUAUUUGAUCCAAAUAUUCCAAAUGCUUUAGUUUUAUACACACCUCCAGAGAGUUCCCUACAAGAUAAAAUGAAAGAUGAUCCUAAACGUUUGGUCCACGUCGUGGUAGAUCCAACCCUCGGCAAUAUUCUACGUCCGCAUCAACGCGAAGGAGUCAAAUUCAUGUACGACUGCGUCACUGGUGUACAAAUAGAAGGCUGCCAUGGCUGUAUAAUGGCCGACGAGAUGGGUCUGGGUAAAACAUUGCAAUGCAUAACACUUUUAUGGACUUUAGUAAGACAAGGACCCGAAUGUAAACCAGUAUGUGAUAAGGGAAUCAUAGUUUGUCCAAGUUCACUUGUAAAGAACUGGAGUAACGAAAUUCACAAGUGGUUGGGCGGUAGAUUACUGCAUUAUACCAUGGAUGGUGGAGCAGAUGCUAAAAAUAAUCUGAAUCAGUUUAUGCAAAGUGUCGGACGCAUUCCGUUGCUUAUUAUUUCUUAUGAGACUUUUCGUAUGCACGCACCGAUUUUGCACAGUCGUGAAAUUGGUAUUGUCAUGUGCGAUGAGGGCCACAGAUUGAAAAACUGCGAGAAUUUAACUUAUAGAGCUUUGAUGGGUUUAAACUGCAAAAGAAGAGUUUUAUUGAGCGGUACGCCGAUUCAAAACGAUUUGACUGAGUAUUUCAGCUUGAUUCACUUUGUCAAUGAAGGAUUACUCGGCAGUGCUGUGGAAUUCCGUAAAAAAUACGAAAAUUACAUCAUAAAAGGCCAAGACGCAUGCGCAACUGACUUAGAACGCAACCAAGCACAAGAAUGCCUCCUAGAACUCUCAACUCUGGUAAAUAAAUGCCUCAUUCGUCGUACAAGUGCCCUCCUCACCAAAUACCUCCCAAUCAAAUUCGAAAUGAUCGUCUGUUGUCAAUUAACACCUCUUCAAAAACGCAUUUAUCAAGACUUCAUUAACUCAGAAGCUGUAAAACGCACAGUAAAACAAGACGCGGAAGGCAGCAGUUUAAGCACCCUGGCUGCAAUCACCAGUCUAAAAAAACUAUGCAACCAUCCUGAUCUCGUCUGGGAUAAAAUCAAAGAACGAGCUGAAGGAUUCGAAACCGCGCUGGAUUUAAUACCGGCUAAAACAAGCGAUAAUGAAAUCCGCCCGGAAUAUUCUGGUAAAGUAAUGUUGCUAGACUGUUUACUGGCUAACAUGAAAGCAAACUAUCAGGAUAAAAUCGUAUUAGUGUCAAACUACACACAGACACUCGAUAUGUUCGAGAAAUUAUGCAGAAAACGCGGUUAUCAAUACGUAAGACUCGACGGAUCAAUGACAAUCAAAAAGCGGGCUAAAGUUGUUGAGAGUUUCAAUAAACCCGAAUCACCUGAGUGGGUAUUCAUGUUAAGCUCGAAAGCUGGCGGCUGCGGGUUGAAUUUAAUCGGUGCCAAUCGCCUGGUCAUGUUUGAUCCCGACUGGAAUCCUGCGAAUGAUGAUCAGGCAAUGGCCAGGGUCUGGAGAGAUGGCCAAAAGAAACCAUGCUUCGUUUAUAGAUUCCUAGCAACUGGAACUAUUGAAGAAAAGAUCUUCCAGCGUCAAGCACAUAAAAAAGCGUUGAGUUCUACAGUUGUAGACAAUAACGAAGAAACUUUACGUCAUUUCACAGCAUCAGACCUGAAAGAUCUCUUCAAAUUAGAAGAAACCGCAUCGGAUACACAUGAAAAGCUCAAAUGUAAGCGCUGCAUGAAUAAGAUCCAGAUGAAGAAUCCAGAAGACAGCGCUGAUUGUACAUCUGACCUCGCAAAUUGGUAUCAUGCGUGGGAUAAACGCCAUCUUGCGGAUACAGUCCUCAAACAGAUCUGGGACAUGGCGAAAUGCGUCAGUUUUGUCUUCCAUCAGAAAUCCGCUAAUGAAGUCGUCAAACCGCCGCCGAAAAUCGAUAAAGAUGAAGACGAUGACGACGACUACAAGGAAAACGACGACGAUUACGAUCCGGAUGAUGACUAGGUCUUAGUAUUCAAAGAUAAACUUGCUUUCGUAUUAUUAGUUAUUUUUACAAAAUGAAAACCUAGAUAAGUCUCAGAAGAAUUUUCAAACAUUACGUGUGUGAAAUAUGUUAAA